AUGUCGCCGUUGUUCGUGCGUGUAUUUCUCGUAAUGAAUGGGAUAUUUCGCGUUCAAAUAUCAUUCACUUUUGCCCAAAACACUUGUGGCUCGCACAGUGACUGUAAUUCAGAUUAUGUUUGCUGUAGAAGUGUUGUAUCUACGAAAUUUCGUUGUCGUAAACGUAUGUUUGAUAAUACUAGUACAACGCGAUCGUGUUUUGGUUAUGAUUGCGCGAACAAUAAUGACUGUACGGGCUUUAAAGGUGGAAAGAAAUUAUGUUGUCGCUCGAAUAGAUGCGGCCCGUGUCCUCAGUGUGUGGCAAAUUCUGAUUGCAGUCGAUUGCGAUUUUGUUGCAAAAAAGCGUGGUACGAAGAGGCUCGUUGUAGUUCUACUUGCAUUGGGGAAAGUUGUCAGAAUAAUUUUCACUGCGCUACGAACGAAUGUUGCUCCUCGGGACGCUGUGUUAUAUGUAGCUAUCCGAGUUGUAGAUCUCAUUCAGAUUGUCCGAUUGGCCAAUACUGUUGCGAUAAACAGAAUCAUGGGCAAUGUCAACGGAGAUGCGUUGGGGAAUACUGUAACUUUGAUAAAGACUGCGCCGUGAUGGAACAUUGUGUUUUGCGUAAGUGUCGGAAGGGCGCCAAGUGUCAAACAAGUGCUGACUGCGGCGACUGGCCAUACUGUUGCAAACUGUAUUCGUAUGAUAAUGCGGUGUGCGCACAAAGCUGCAUCGGCGGAAUGUGUAUCCAUGACAACGAUUGUGGCGCGCCUGAUGAAUGUUGUCUGAAUCGGAGAUGUUUAAUAUGUGGCGACUCGUGUACAUCCAGCCUCGAUUGUUUCAGCGAGGCGUAUUGUUGCAAAACUACCACGUUUGGUGAGAAUAAGUGUGCGUCAAAAUGCAUCGAAGAAUCCUGUAUUGAAAGUCAGAAUUGCGUUAAACCCAACACGUGGUGCGUCGGGGGUACAUGUACUGAUACCAAAGAAUGUAACACCAGUACAGAUUGUAUCACCUCUGAUGGUAAACAGUACAAUUGCUGUAUUAAUUCCGCUUCAAAUGUCUGUAGCAAAAGCUGUGUUGCGCAAGAGUGUAGCUCGGAUAAAGAUUGCGCGUCGACGGAAUGUUGUAAGGAUAGUGUGUGUAUUUCACAAUCGAAAUGCGGUUGGGAGUUUCCCAAUUGGUUAGUUGGUGUAUUCGUUGCGAUUGCAGUGGUUGUAGUGAUCGCUUUAUUCGCGUGUUAUUCUCGUAGUAAAAUCCGGCAGUUAAAUCGACGUCAAUCAGACGAAAAUGCGCAACAGAACAUUGUGUUUUCAGGCAAUGAACACGAAAGAGUCCAGAAUAUCUACAGUGACCCGCCAAGUGAAUCUUCAAUCUCCCUAAAUACUCGACUGCAUGUAUCCCCACCAGAAACGCAAGAACAAAUAUAUUACUCUAUCUCCCGUGCGAGCCACGACGAUUUCAUCGAAAUGGUCGAAUUACCAGCCCCACAAUUUGAAAAUGAUGUCAGUCAUGAGCGAGACCAAUCUACCCCUAACUAUCCAUUAGCGUCAUCUGGUGACCAUAUACGGAGAACCGAUAAUCCCAAUGUACCACCCCCUGUGUACUCAUUUGAUGAACAACCAGAUUCCCCCGAAUAUGACAAUAUUUUGUCUUAGAACUGUAGCUGAAUAAUUGAGGAACAAUGUUUUUCAACCAUGAAAGCAUUGUUAGCCAGAGAAUAGACAUAUUUUCUGUGUUGGUGUUACGUACUCAGGUGAAUAUGAUGUUUGUCGUGUUACUCUGAGUGUAUAAUCGAUUCCCACCGUGGCCAGGCAUAUUUUUCAAGCUUGCCCGGUGUGGAUAUACACUCUGCGUAACAUCACAAACAGAAUAGACAUAUAUUUGCAUCUAUCUUAAAUGGCAUUGUGCCCUAAGGCCAGUUCCAGACGCGCACGUUUGAAAUAUGACAAGUUUUCAAAACUUUAAUAGGAAAUGCUGCCAAUUUCUUUUACGACAAGUACACAUUGUUCAAAGGUUAGCAGGAGUAACCAAUUUUUACUGUCGUUCCAAUUGAAGUGUUGCUCAAAUAUUGAUUCAAUACAUUACCUCAGGUUGACCAAUUCAUUUCAUCAAGUUCCUCGAGAUAUUCAUACACUUCCUGUGAAAGAGCCAAUUCCAAGUAUUUGAUCAUUUCUGCUCACUUCCUUUCUAUUUAUGAUUGGUUAUAGUUGAACAAACAACAAAGGUGAUUGGUGCAUUCAAACUAUUCAACAGGAAGUUUACAAUUAUACUAGGAAGUGUAUGAAUAUCUCGAGGAACUUGAUGAAAUGAAUUGGUCAGCUCAAGGUAAUGUAUUGAAUCAAUAUUCGAGGAGCACUUCAAUUGGAACGACAGUGGACGGAAUCGAGUUCAGGUGCACUCCUAAAAGUUGGCGUGGUAGAUUUUGAACAAUGGUAUUUGUUAUAGAAAAAAAUGUUCGUCUGUAUGGGUCAACAAAUAAAAUUUGACAAAGUAAUCUGAGCACAAUCUGACCAUGAUCUCUUCAAACAAGGGAAUGUUAUUGGAUAAGAUUUUGUGUGACGUAAUUCCGUGCCUCUGACCUCCAAUAGAUCAUGGCUCUCAGCCAGAGAAAGCGCUUGACGUUAUUAUAUAAUGUCUUGUAUUUCAUAGAAAUACUCAAUGAUUCCCGGAAUUUUUGACAGAUCUUACGUACAUUGA